UUGAUUGUAUACACCUGUGGCCAUGGAAGGGAUUGGAACACCUGAAUCACAUGAUUGGGAGGGGAUUGGAACACCUGAAUCACAUGAUUGGGAGGGGAUUGGAACACCUGAAUCACAUGAUUGGGAGGUGAUUGGAACACCUGAAUCACAUGAUUGGGAGGUGAUUGGAACACCUGAAUCACAUGAUUGGGAGGUGAUUGGAACACCUGAAUCACAUGAUAUGGAGGGGAUUGGAACACCUGAAUCACAUGAUUGGGAGGGGAUUGGAACACCUGAAUCACAUGAUUGGGAGGGGAUUGGAACACCUGAAUCACAUGAUUGGGAGGUGAUUGGAACACCUUUAUCACACACAUGAUUGGGAGGGCGGGCCCAAUACCUUUGUCAGUAUAGUGUAUUUAGG